CGCCGCCCCGCCGGCUCCGCCGCUCGCCGCCAUGGGGGCCGUGACCGACGAUGAAGUCAUCCGCAAGCGGCUUCUAAUUGAUGGCGACGGAGCUGGGGACGACAGGCGGAUCAAUCUGCUGGUGAAGAGUUUCAUCAAGUGGUGCAACUCUGGAUCUCAGGAGGAAGGUUACAGUCAGUACCAACGAAUGCUGAGUACUCUAUCACAGUGUGAAUUUUCAAUGGGAAAAACUCUUCUGGUUUAUGACAUGAACCUGAGAGAGAUGGAAAACUAUGAAAAGAUCUACAAGGAUAUAGAAAACAGUAUAGCUGCAGCGCACGAGAAGAUUUCUGAAUGCAAGAAGCAAAUCCUGCAAGCAAAAAGAAUUAGAAAAAAUCGCCAGGAAUAUGACGCAUUGGCCAAAGUCAUACAGCACCAUCCAGACAGACACGAAACACUGAAGCAGCUAGAAGCUUUGGGAAAAGAACUUCAACACCUUUCUCACAUUAAAGAAAAUGUUGAAGAUAAGUUGGAGCUGAGAAGAAAGCAGUUUCACGUUCUCCUGAGCACCAUUCAUGAGCUUCAGCAAACACUGGAAAAUGAUGAAAAACUUUCAGAAGCUGAAGAAUCUCAAGAAACUCAGAUGGAAGCAGAGACCAAACAGUAAAUAUUGUGAAGACUACCGAUGAUACUCUUGAAGAAUACUCAUACGUCUUCACUUUGUUUUCAAGCCAGUAGGAAAAGAGCAGGAGCUGAAAACUUUCUAUUGCUUCUGUGAAUUUUAAUGCACAAGUGCUUGUUUUGCUUAUGUUCCAGGUGCAAACAAUUCCAGAUCUGUACAGAUGGACCCUUUGUGUUAAUCCAUAAACUUUGACAGGAAAUAUGUUUUGGCUUACAAAAGGUGAAUCUUCUGUACAGUAAUUGUGAACUAAGGUGUUUGCAAAUCACUGUCAAUAAAAAGUGUUUACAAACAGUUUUCUGUUAUUUGGUAGGCAUUGAGCUGAAUGGUAAAGCCUCUUUUUCUUACUUGGUAUUACAGUGGUAUCAGUGCACCUUUGCACAAGUCCCAGUUUCCAUGCCUUAGUCCAGAUGGGACCUAAAACAGAACCAAGGUCUUAAAUUUUCAAAGUAGACUAGAACACACUAGUCUAAUUCUAUAGAAGUGAUGUAUUUUCUAUCAGUGUUCCUCAAGGAGUAUAAACCAACAAAAAUCAUGCUAUACUAUCUUUGUUUUUUUUUCAUAAGCUGAUCCAAAGCACUGCAGUGAUCUGAGCCUCACAAUGCUGUGUUCUGUGCACCCAUUUCAAAAAUGCAUUUUGAAGCGAUACAUUUAAAAC